CUAAUGGCGUUAUUAAGACUCCACCGGGCCUGAACGAAAACAACCAAUCAGAGCCGAGAAAGAAAGUUACUAUGGAGGCUCGGCUAUCUUCAAGCCACCAACCUAAAAGCAUAACAUGUGGUAAUGAUCUUAUUUGAAGGGGUUGGUGAAGACUUGAACCUGGGCACUGGGUUUGACAGCAGCAAGAAAGAGUAAACGCCCUCUGUCAUAUCUGUCUCUCCUCUGAUUGGUUGUUUGGGUUCAGGCCUGUUGGAUUCUUGCAGACGCCAUUAGGAGCGCUAGGAGGAACCAGAGGAAGCUGAUUUUUCCACAGAUGAUCUGUCUCAUGUUCGGUCAGGAUAUAGUGAAAGUUUAAACAAAUGUGACAAAAAGUUAUUUUCUUAAUAAAAGUGACCUACUGCAGCUUUAAACUACAAUCAGACUUUAUUCUUUGCUUCAGUCAGAGCAGUGAUUUUAAACCUGAACCGCCUUCAUACACAAAUAUCACUUAGUAGAAACAGUACUUCUGUUAUGUCUCAUGAUCUCAGUGUCAGAUUACCAGUCCGUGGGCGGCGGUACACUGCGCAUGCGCGAGUAGAACAGGCGAGAGAGACGGAGAGAGGAGACCCGAGAGUGGGGUCAUUUGCAUACCGAGAUAAAUCCACUCUUUGAUGAAGCACAAAGCGGCUGAACACAGAGGAGAGAACCAGAUUUUGGGAUUUAUUGACUCUAGAAUCGACCUCCACAAGCGACACUUGUUAGAGGGCCCCUUAUUUUCUUUUGGGGUGUAUUGGGCCCUCUCUUCAGCACCAGCAGGCUGGCAGCUCAGUGGAUGGGACCAAUUUUUAAGUUUUAGACACUCUUUUCUUUUUUUUAAACUCCUGCAUUAGAUAUGUUUUGUGUGCGUGUUUGUGUUUUUGCCGUGCGUCUUUUCCUGGUGGCCGCCGCCCUCCUGUCCUGUUGCGCAGCCUCAGAGGACGGUGUAUCAGGGAAGAUCCUGGCCUUUGAUGGAGAAUCGGUCAUCCUGCCCUGCCGCAUGGACGUCAGCGGCGACUUCCCUACAGUGGAGUGGUCCAAGGAAGGUCUGGAUCGAGGCAUCGCCUUCCUGUACCGCGAUGGCUGUGAGACCCACGAGAUGAAGAAUCCGGUCUUCAGGUACAGAACAAACCUCUUCAUGAAUGAACUGAUGAGGGGAAACAUCUCGCUGAGGAUUUCCAGCCUGCGGCUCUCUGAUACAGGAACAUACAUCUGUAAGACCAUCCUGAAGAAAGCCCAGAAAGUCAUUAGAGUGGAGCUCUUUGUCGGAGCAUUUUCUGAGCCAAGGCUCUCAGUUGUUCCAGCUGUGGGAGGAGGAGGAGGAGGAGGAGGAGGAGGAGGAGGAGGAGGAGGAGUGACUCUGCAGUGUGAAGCAAACUGCUGGUUCCCGGAGCCUGAGGUAACAUUUCUAGACCAUCAGGGAAACAGCAUCGGAGCUGAAGACCCAAAGACCAAUCUGGAUUCCAGGGGAUGUUUCACCGUCACAAGGAGACUGACUGUGCAGGCUGACACCAACAGGAGAAUCUGCAGAGUUCAUCAGCCUCGGAUAAACCAAACGAGGGAAACAGAUAUUUACAUACCAGCUGACUGCAUGACGUCCUGCACUCUAACCACCAGCAUCGCUGUUGUAGUAACUGUAGUUGUAUGUGCAUUGACUGCCUUCUUAUGGAAGAAAUAUGGCAACUUCGUGUGUGGACAUAAAUUGCCACCGUCCGUCCCUCAUGACAAAGAUGAGAUCAUCCGCCAACCAACUGAAGAACUCAGUGACCUCCGAUCUAAGCAGAGUCCUGUUGUGUGCCAGCCUACGAUUCAUAAAAGUCCUUCCAGAUCCUCACCAGACAUUUCAAAACCCAUUAACCAACAUUCACACCAGUUUCACCAAGAGAACAACCAAAACCCAGCGGUCUCAAUCAGCAACCGUCCAAAACCGGGCAACAAAGACUCAAAACCUGGAGUCUCGAGACAAAGUCCAGCACCGGGCCUCCUGAACCCAAGCAGCUGUCACAACCACAGCAGUCCUGCUCUUUUGACAGAUAAUGCUGCCGUGUCGUCCACUUCUUUUUCAGCCUCUCCAGAACAAAACCACGUUGUCCGUUCGAUGAGCCUGUCUGAGUCGCAGCCUCGUUCGAACGGUGCCAGGCCCCAACGUAGGUACACCAUGUCAGCCACGUCUAACCGCUUCAGUCCUCUGGAGAAUAUAACUGAAGAUUCAGAGCCCUUGCUGUAAUGAGAACAGAGCAGAAAUGUGAUCAGGUGUAACUAAAAUCUAAAGUAAACCACUUACAGCUGUCAGUUGGGUGGGAGUUUGGUUGGUUUUCCUACAAAUAGUUUGUAUUACAGAUGUUUUACAAAAUGCUUACUCAUAGUAACUCCUUAAACAGUCAAAAGUUGGCAGCAAAGGUUUUAGCAGCAGAUAUCCCGAACCCUCGGCAAAUAAACAAGGGAUGUGAAUCUUCCAGAUGAAUCCGGAAUUAUGAUUUUUUACGUGUUGUCUUAAACUCAACCUGCCAAUUUUAAAAGGACAGGUGGGUGAGGCUGAAGUACGAUUUGCAGUGCAUGCUGUCUUUGUACUGCCGUUAGCUGCCGGCUGGUGGCAGGUUGUGACAGGUGCCUUGUUUCUAUGUGUCUUAUAUACUGUCUUUUGUCAUGGGCGAAUUGUUGCUUGGUGACCAGUGAUACACUGUCAGCUCUUGGCACAUUACCAAGUCUUUGCACUCAAGAUUAAAAAGAAGUCCUAAACACUGUUAACAGUGUUUUUUUUUACAUAAAUGUUGUGACAUAGAAUUGCUCCAAAUGGUCGACUCUAUCUCAGCAUUUGUCUUAAAACAGAGGUACUUUGCACUUUUAUAUUAGAAAACUAAAAACUUUAAUAAAUAGGGAAACAGAAAACAACCCAUGCACAAUAAAUAUUUCCUCUUUAUUGUGCACUGUGUGUGCCUAUGGUGCUCAUGGACUCUGGUAGUCCAGCCAGUGGUACUCCCAGGUUUCGGCUGGUCUGUAUACGUUCCUGCUUUUUUGUCCCAAUCAUGUGCCUGAUAAAAAAAAACUCUGUAUUGCUGCUAGAGGUGUAAAGAUUUACGAAUACGAGUCAUAAAUCGGUUUUAACGUUAUAAAUGCAACUACUUGGGUACGCUGACCCCUGGAUCGAUCUAAGCGUACCAUGGACCGAUCGAUGGUCCGAUUUUAACGUUAUGAAUUGGCUUUGCUGCUAACAGUAAUUCUGUAAUUCUGAAAUGAUACAUUUAUCUUUUUUUUUUUUCCCCCAUAGAGGAGGAAAAAAUACUUGGGAUUCUUAUUAAAUUCUUGUAAAAUAUAUUUACUUGAAGCAAUGUCACUUAGAAUGGAAAAUACACCAAUCAGCCAUAACAUUGUGAGCACUGACCAAGGCUGGCCUGUGUGGUCUGAUCCAUAAGACGAGCUACUGUAGCUCAAACUGCUGAAACAGUUAAUGCUGGUUCUGAUAGAAAGGUGUCAGUCAGGGUACUCAGGUGGUCUAAUGUUAGGACCGAUCGGUGUAAAUGUCUACAUUAAACAAAUGUUAAGAACUGUAUCAGAUUGUAUCAGAUUUUUCCAUAUUAAAAUCCAUCGUAUCGUAUUAAGUCCAUCUUAUAAUGCCAGUUGAACAUCGUUGUCUAUGUGAAACAAAGAUUUGUUUAUGUGAACAAAGAUAUCAUGUUGCAACAAAAAUAUCAUUUUUCUUUUGUUGUUGUGCAUAUCUAUACAUAUUCUGCCUGUUGCAUAAAACACUAACCUGUUGCAGCACCUGAUUUGACGGGGUUCCUUUAUUCUUUGAGUCUUUAUUUGAAUGAUUUUAUAUUAUGUCUGUAACAUGUUUUGCAUGUUUUUAAAGUUCCCAUCUGUAUGUUAUUAACAAAAUAAAGAGCCUGUAUUUGUUUAA